AUUGCAUCGGGACAGUGCAAUUGAGCUGGUGACACUGACCCUGGUCCUGGUUGAGGUGUGUCUCCAGCCCAGCCCUGCUACCAGAGGCGACCUCCCCAACCACCCCUAGGCCACUAGGUUCACAGCAACAACCAUCAGUCAUCCGCCCACCCAUCCACACUCGCAAAUCAAUAUUCAACUGCUGCUAUGUAGUGAAAGUGUGGAUGAGGUGGCUGUGAUGUUGUUGUUGUUGUUGUUGGUCUGAUGUACAGAAUAUUCAGCCUGGAAUGUACAUGCAGAUUUGCUUUGUUCCAAGUGCUGUUUGCAAGUAGUCGCAUGCCUCUCUGCAUAUCAGAUCACAACUAAUACCAACCUUCACAAACACACAUGGCUACAUACACCACGUAUACACACACUACUGCAAGUUCCUUAGCUCAAGGUAUUUGCUCCAUCAAAUCCACAUUCUGGAUGUCAAAGACGCGCAAUACCCACGGCUGAAGCUUAUCUUUCUACCCUACCAGCCAACCCACCAGGCCUUACUCACAAGUCUACCCUCCCUCUCUUUGUAUAUGAACCACCGGACCCCAACCCUCCCUCCUCCUCGGUCUCCCUCUCUUCAGCUCACCUUCGCCAUCCCUGCCCAUACUCUCGCUCAUAGGGUUGCCCUCCACCAAGGAAGCCUGCCACGUUUAUUUCACUGAACCUAUUCCAACACCUUAUUUCUUCUACCGACCCUUCGACACUCACUCAUACGCAUCCCGCGUGGCAACGGCAAAGGAACAACAGACAGCCAUCACCUCACACAACAUUGUGCCAGAGGUACCACUCGAAAACAAAGCUCUCUUCCUUCCUCGGUUCUCUUCCGAUCUCACGCUUCCCGUGCUUCCACGAGGCACCAACACAGGCAGUACCCGCCUUUUUGGUGUGAUUCUUGAACGAGGGCAUUGUUGGACAAAGCGGGUCAGGAGCUUUUGCUGGACUACCCUUCACCACUUCACCUUUGGGCAGAAAUAAAUCAACUUGGUUGUUGGAAAUUCCUCUCACCACCACAUCAACAUCUCACCUGAGCUACAUUGCUUUGCCAGCAAGCUACCUACCACAACAACCUUCACCGCCACCUUAGGAACCACAAGAACUUCGAUCCAGGUAAGCUGAUCUCUAUCGCGACUCCUCUGCUGUCGGCGAGAUGGGACUUCGAUUUCUCUCAUCGAGCGCGUAUCGCGGUUUCGUUGGCUCUAUUUUUGGCGAUCUAAGAGCCUGCUCCAUCGCUCAUCCUCCCUCUUCCAUCACCGGCAGGCGACGUCAUGGGCUUGUGACAUCAAAUCAUGAUUCUACCCGCGCUUGCUGGCCCGGGUAUUUUCAUCGUUUGUUUUCUGGGUCCAGUCGGAGCUCCCGUCGAACUUUCUGUCCCUCCUGAGCUGUCUGGUGACUCGUGGAGUGGUUUGUACUUCAUGAUCUCGCUGGUCCUCCACGAUCUUGCCUACAUUUCCCGAGGAUAGGCACAUUAUAUGAAAUCUCAGAAUCCUCAACUUGAGCGAGAAUGAAUCAGUCUUGCUAAUACAUACAUCUCUAGCCAACAAGAUGCGCUCCUUCGCGAUCAUCCCCGCCGCUUUGGCUACCUUGGCCGUGGCCAUGCCGCAGGCUGCUCUCAAGCCAUCUGCGAACCCCCCCGCCGGUUGCUCCACAAGCUACACUGGCAACUUCGGUCUGACCGUUGUUGAGCUCGGAAAGCGAAGCCUCGAUAAGCGUGGCUCCUGCACUGGAACUGGUUCUUUGGACCUCACCCUCAAGGACGGUGUCCUUACCGAUUCGCAGGGCCGCACUGGCUCUAUCGUCGCCAACUACCAGUUUCAGUUUGACGGUCCCGCUCAAGCUGGCGCCAUCUACACUUCUGGCUUCUCCGUCUGCUCCAACGGCUCCCUUGCCCUUGGAGGCUCCACCACCUUCUACAGAUGCCUUUCUGGUGACUUCUACAACUUGUACGACCGUCACUGGGCUGAGCAGUGUUCUCCCAUUCACCUUUCGGCUCUCCCUUGCGGCGCCGAUGCUCCCGUUCCCUCUGGACAGGUCGUUGGUACCACCAUGGUGGUCACUACCCUCGUCACGGUCAUUGGUGACGGUCAGCCUCAGGUUGUUCCGACCACGAUCCCCGUCCCUCUCUGCCAGAUUGGUGACGGACAGGUUCAGGGCCACACCACCCCCUGCGGCGAGUUGCCCCCUGUCACUGUGACGCCCUCUGCUCCCGCCAGCCAGCCUCCUUACACGCCCCCGGGAACCCCCGUUGCCCCUCCUGCAACCACCGCGCCGGUCGUCCCGCCCGUCCCCACCACGAAGGUGCCUGUCCCGGUCCCCUCGGUCCCGUCGACCCCUGUCAACAGCACGGCGGUCGUGACCACCCCGGGCACCACCGCUACCCCGCCUGCGACCACGACCACUCCGGCGGCUCCCCCCGUUGCUGCCGGCCAGAACCUGGCUCCGGCUUCGUUUGUCGCUCUCGUUGCCACUCUGAUGGCAGUCGUUUGCCUCAUCUAAGUCGCUUGAUUCGGAAUGUGUGGGUGGACUUGAUUAGUCCACAAAGGCUUAAUUGGCAUUUUUGCUUCUCAAUACCCUGCCAAGAAAUCGGCAUUUUAAUUCCAUGAUGAUGACCAAGAAACGGACUUUGUACAAGAGCAGAGGAUGGAUGGGUUUGCAGGUUUGCAAAUAGGUAGCUAGAUAGUUGGAAGGGACUGUGACAAGUCCCAGGGAAACCGACCACUAGAACAAUACCAACACAUCUUCAGCU